CAGCAUUGCUCUGGGAUGCCCAGUGCUGCUGUGGGAUGCCCAGCAUUGCUCUGGGAUGCUCAGCACUGCUCUAGGAUACCCAGCGUUGCUCUGGGAUGCCCAGUGCAGCAGUGGGAUGCCCAGUGCGGGGGCUGAUCAUGGCAUUGGUCUGUGUAGAUGUCAUGGUGGAGCGCUGAGUAGAUGAGGUGGGACAAUGAGUGGCAUCCUCCAGAUCAUGACUGGGAAUGAGCAGGGCCAUUCCUGCAGUUACAGUCCCUAUUGCUGAAGCAGGCUGUGAAUUACCCCUUUUAGCUGAGCUCACUCUCAGGACCAGGAGAGAAUCGCCCUGGUUGAGCCCAGAUCAUCCCUUUCCAGGGCACACUCUGCUCUUGGGGGGCUGGGCUGUGAAGUGCCAUGGAGCCCUUGUGCUGUGGCUUGUGCAGGGCUGUGAAUCUGAGAUAACGGGAUGUCCCUGCAAAGUUUCUGUAUCCCACCCGAGCUAAGAAUAGUCAGGAAGCCAAAUAAGCUGAGCGUUGUAAUUGGGCUCUUUUCCUGUGCCCGGAGCAAACACAGCACCCUGAGGCAGCUGGACAUGGCUCCUGACAGCAGUUAUCAGUGUUGCAUGAGGCUGUGUCUAAUCUCCUGCCUGCUAUUUGGGGCGAGCAGUGAUCCUGGGAGAGGGGAACCUUAUCUCUGUUGAGAUAAUGCUGUCAGAGCUGGGGACAGCUCAGGGCUCCCAGUGCUUUGGCGAGGUGCAGCAUCUCUGUGCCUGUGUCCCGGGUGCUGGAGGACAGGCUGUGCUUGUCCUUAUCUCCACUCCUAACCCUCACUUUUCCUUGAACCCUGCCAGAUAACCAGGCAUGUCAGACUCUGAGGAGGUCAUCGAAGAACAUGACCAGGAGCAGGAAGAGGAGUACGUGGAAGAGGAAGAGGAAGAAUGGAUAGAGGAAGAAGACGGGCAGGAAGAACAGGUAGAGGAAGCAGAGGAGGAGACUGAAGAAACCAAGGCAGAUGAACAAGAAGAGGAAACGAAAGCACCAGGAGAAGGUGGAGAGGGGGAUCGAGAGCAGGAGCCUGGGGAAGGUGAAUCAAAGCCAAAACCCAAGGUCUUUAUGCCAAACCUGGUGCCUCCCAAAAUCCCAGAUGGUGAGAGACUGGAUUUUGAUGACAUCCACCGCAAGCGCAUGGAGAAGGACCUGAAUGAACUGCAGGCUCUCAUUGAAGCCCACUUUGAGAGCAGGAAGAAGGAGGAAGAGGAGCUCAUGUCCCUCAAGGACAGGAUUGAAAAGCGGCGAGCGGAGAGGGCUGAGCAGCAGCGGAUCCGCAGCGAGAGGGAGAAGGAGCGACAAGCCCGCAUGGCUGAAGAAAGAGCUCGCAAGGAGGAAGAGGAGGCACGGAAGAAGGCUGAGGAGGAAGCGCGGAAGAAGAAGGCUUUCUCCAACAUGCUGCAUUUUGGAGGCUACAUGCAGAAGUCAGAGAAAAAGGGGGGGAAGAAGCAAACAGAGAGGGAAAAGAAGAAGAAGAUCCUCAGCGAACGGCGGAAGCCCCUGAACAUCGACCACCUCAAUGAGGACAAGCUGAGGGACAAGGCCAAGGAGCUGUGGCAAAACAUCCGUGACCUGGAGGCAGAGAAGUUUGACCUGCAGGAGAAGUUCAAGCGGCAGAAAUACGAGAUCAAUGUCCUCCGAAACCGUGUUAGUGACCACCAGAAAGUGUCAAAGGCUGCCCGUGGGAAGACCAUGGUAGGCGGCCGAUGGAAAUAGAUGCUGAGGAGGCGAAGGCAGCUCAGCCAUGGGGAGGUGUGCGGCCUUUCGGUCCACCAUCUGCCUUCCCCACCUCUUGGAGCCAGCAUUGCAUGCCCUCCCACUGCACAGGGUUUGCUGGGCCUGGCUGCAGGCGCAGCGUUGCCUGGGUGGGCAGAUGCUUCACAAGGAGCCGUUUCUCAUCUCCACACCCCCCACUGAUGUUGUGUCUGUAAAUAAAGAU